UAGAAAGGGCUUGUGAAUUGGGCGGGAAGUCGAUCUAGGGUAUCGAAAGAGAGAGAGAGAGAGAGAGAGAGAGGAGAUCUGGGAGUUCUAGUGUUGUUCUUGAGAAGCGUCUGAGAGGGAGGAGAUGGGUGAGCGGAAGGUUGUCAACAAGUAUUACCCGCCGGAUUUUGAUCCGGCGAAGAUCCCGCGUCGGAGACAGCCGAAGAACAAACAGAUCAAAGUGCGGAUGAUGCUUCCGAUGAGUAUUCGCUGCAGCACUUGCGGGACUUACAUCUAUAAGGGCACCAAAUUCAAUUCCAGAAAGGAGGAUGUCAUUGGCGAGGCUCUAUCCCUAAUCCAGACAUACUUGGGAAUCAAAAUAUUCCGCUUCUAUUUGAAAUGCACAAAAUGCUCUGCGGAGAUUACAUGUAUGACAGAUCCUCGGAAUUCAGAUUAUGUUGUUGAAUCAGGAGCUACUCGUAAUUUUGAGCCUUGGCGUGAUGAGGAUGAGGCAACAGAAACUGCAAAGAGGAAGAGAGAGGAAGAAGAGAUGGGUGAUGCGAUGAAGUCAUUGGAGAAUAGAGCAAUGGAUUCUAAACAAGAUAUGGAUAUUCUUGCUGCACUAGAAGAAAUGAAGUCCAUGAAGUCUAGGCAUGCAACUGUGAGCAUUGAUCUUAUGCUUCAAGCUUUGCAAAAGUCAGUUAAUGAGAAGGAGGAAGAAGAUCAAGCUCUUAUUAGAUCAAUUUUCCAGGAGAGUUCACGAAGUUAUCUUCGACGAAUUGAUGAUGAUGCAGAAGUUUUACAUCAGCCAUCAAGUAUAGCAGGUGAUGCGUCAAAUUCUGACACCAAGAAUAAACAUGCUUCAGAAAUUCUUGCUCGCGUGGGCAAUCCUACGGAUACCUUGUCAAAAACUAGUAUUUUCAAUGCAUCCAAAAGCGGAGACACGGUUGGCGCCUCAUUGCCUCUAAAGCCAAAAUUCAUGCUGAAGCCAAAGACAGUAUCAAGUGAUGUAAGGAAGAAGCCCCGCACUGACCCUCCUGAAAACAACAAACUGAAAGAUGCGAACAAAAAUGAUGAGAAAGAAGAUGACACUCCGACCGGGCUUCUUUCACUCUUUCAGAACUAUGACAGCGACGAAAGUUGAGUAAUGUCAUAUGCAAUAAUUUAGGAGCUGUUAUAUCUUCUAUUCACUAUGCAGUGAUGAAGAGUCUCCAUUUCCAUGAAUAUAUGUUACAAUUAAUUAUUUCAUAUAAUGCUUGUAAUGUCUGUAAUGGUUCAGAACUUUUGGUUCAUGCUGGUUCUUUGUGUGUGCCACAGUGUUUUUU